AUGUGGUGUUCCCCCUCUAUCCGCUGGAUUUCAUAUUUGGCGCUCACCUUUUUUGUCGUCGCCUCCAGUUCCCUGUUUUCAAUUUCCUCCGCUGUCCCGCAAGAGGCUAAGCCUUAUGUUGGCACACCUUCGCAAAGAAGGGGGACGGAGGGUGCUUCAGUUCAACUGGGCGGUGUUAGCAGCCUCGACCUCCAAGAGAGGGAGUCCAGACUCGGCACACGCGCCUGGUUGAGCGAGGAUGAGAUGUAUGUAGCAAAAGACGGAGCAGCACCAGGGGAUGAUGAAGGGGAGGUAGGGCACCACAGGGCAUCAGGGCCUUCCAAUCCAAAUGAUGACAACAAACUCAAUUCUUCUCAAAAGAAGGAAGAGCCGCGUUCGAUGCCCGCGGGGGGGCAUCCCUUUUUUUUGAACAAAAGCGUCGAGGACAGAGAGUCACACAUUAAUGCUCGGAGUCCCCACCUCGCAGCAGAGCAACCGUCAGAUGAAGGCUUGUACUCAGCGGUUGAGUUUGGAGAGACGACUUCACCAGUAAAAACCCCACUCGCUGUCUUCUCUGCUCCACACGGACGGGCGCGGAGACUCGAGCUAAUGGCCAGCGACGGCCUGGGGAGACUAGCGACCGAUGUGAGCCAGAGUCGGCAGACGCACCCUCUAUCUUCACAAGGGCACCACUUCUCGUCCGCAGAUUUCUCAGACACGGAGGGUCAGCAAAACACGACCGAACCAGUAGAUGCGAGGGGGGAGGGGAAGCAGGGCGUUCUGGGAGACCCGGCAGACGUCGUGCCACAUUCGUCGUCUACGUCGUCAUUCAGUCCGCACGACGGUAGGGCCGCCGCAGACCCAGUUGAGGAUUUGCCCGAGAGGGAUGUCUCCAUACGCAGGAGUUUGCGCCCGAAAUCGGUGGCGAAGAGCUCCACGAAACCAUUCUUAUUGCGUGUAACAGUUGCCAUUGCCACUGGGUUAGCACUCAUGCUCGCCUCCGCAGUCUGCCGUGCAGCACUUGAGGACCAAUCUGGUCUCACAACGGAGGAGGAGGAGCUACGCAGCGUCGAUUCGGCUUCACUGAAAGUGCCCGAAUUCUCGUUUGAGAGGGCAGUUGGCUUGAAAAGCGCUCUGAAGCGUGCCCCUAAGACCCCGAAUGUUGCGUCAAAAAACAUGAAAACCGUCACUUUCAAGUCGAAGACAGCCUCUAGUAGAGACGACUCGAACUAG